AUCUGCAAUGCACUGUAUUUGGAAAAUGAAUGAAGCGUCCCAAAUGGCAACGAAACGCUGCCACGUGUACGGUCAGGGGAGAUGGCGCCAUCGUAUUCCCGUUCUACGUGCUAUACCGUGACAAAAUGACCUGCCGCUGCGCGAGAGGAGGAAUACGUUUCGAAAUAGCUGACGUGGAUGGUAGUUAAAAGCCACUGCCUUGCCGUUUCUUACGCCCGCCUCUUCAUUUUCAAAAACGCUCUGUGUGUCUAUCUCUCUCCCCUUUUCUUUUGGCUGUAAAUAAAUUCAAGAAGAGUUGGACGGAAUUAGGAAAGAAGAUUCGGAAUUUCUCCCAUUUCUUCAUUCCUCUCUGGGAGACGACUCGGUAGGGCUGGAAGAUGGUAUAGCCAUCUUUGGGAUAACACAUUUGGCAGCGUUAUAUUUCAAUUGAUUCUAGCAGGACAGCUGCUGAGCUUUUGGAUGGGGCUGAUAUUAUAAACUCAUCUUCAGAAAUCAACAUAUCCAACUCCUUGGCAAAUGGAUCCAUCAUCAAAAGAGAAAUCUUCCCAGGCUGUUUCACCAGUUGAUUCAGGUGCAGCAAAAUCUCUCUUAUCCGUUACAGAUAUAACAGAGAGAACUAUGAAGCUUCCACAUGGCUACCCUUCACUUUCACGCUAUCAUUCCAAUUUCAGCCGUUCAAUGUUCUGGAGACGUGCACGUCAGCGCUACGGAAAUCAGUAUUCCAGACGAGUUUCAAGUAGUAGUAUUGAUAUUCUAAGUUCACUUCGUAAAACUGUUGUGCCACUAUGUGAUGAAAGGCUUUCCAUUAAGUUGAAUAGUCACUACAACUCGGAGUCCGGGUAUCAUGAAGAGAGUAGGGGAAAAGCUUUCUUCAGGCCUCAAAGAAUAAGGUCCAAUGCCUUGGUGAUGGAGUCGGCAUCAUCAGAUGUUGCAAACAUGGUAUGUGGAAUAUGUUCAAAGCCAUUGAAACUGAAAUUAUCUAGUAACCUAUGCAACACAAUGUCGACCAUUGAGCUCUCCGUCAUAGGAAUUUUAGCUUGUGGUCAUGCUUAUCAUGCCGAUUGCUUGGAGAAGAGAACAUCCGAGGCCGAUAGACGGGACCCGCCCUGCCCAAUGUGUGUUUCCAUGCCCUUGAAGCUUGAUGCCUUGUGAGGAUAGCCGUGAACUCUUUUAAAUGAGGAAAUCAAACUUUCUGCUCAAACACUUGCUUCUUCAUCUUCAAAGGAGAUUAUUUGGGCCACAAAGAAGAGCAAUUUACUUAUAUGUAUAUCACCAACAUAGAGGCUAGGAUUAUGACAUUGUUUCUAUCAUGAGUUUUCCAAUAUUAUUUGGCUGUUUAAAGCUGCUUUUACAUGGAGAAGAAUUUUUGUUCAAAUUGGUUUGUAGUAGUAUGCUGGUUUCACACGUCCUUCACAGAGUAGGGCUCUUCUCUCAGGUACUUCUUUGGAUGAUGUUUAUCUAUCAAAUGCUUGGAUUUUUAUUCAA